AUGGCCUGGGAUUGGAGUUGUAAUUCCCCAGUAGAAAUUGCAGUCAUGCAGCUAUUGGUGGUGUCAACAAUAGCUGUUCUUAGUGGACGUGGUGGAAUUGGACGCAAUUUUGGAGGCGGUAAAACUGCUCAAACCAACGCCAGUUAUGGUAAUAUUCAUGGAGGAACUGGAAAUGUCUGUAGUGGCAAUUAUGGGCUCGGACCUCCUGCUCCUAGCACAUCCUUUUCUCUUCGCGAUGGAUCU